AUGUACCAUACUGACAAGCUCAGCACAAUGGAUGAACAUACACACAGAUUAUUAUGGAGGGAUUUGGAUGACAAGAAACCACCUGAUCAGUAUGCUCUUACCACAGUAACGUUUGGAGAUAAGCCUAGUGGUACCAUAGCUACGCUAGCGUUGAGACACACUGUAGAGAAAUUUGGCAAGGAAUAUCCAGAUGUGCAAGAUAUGAUUAUUAAUAAUACUUAUGUUGAUGACAUACUAUAUUCCACUGAUACCGUUGAGAAUGCAUUCAAGUUAAUACAGGAUGCGGAGAAGAUAUUGUCUCAGGGAAGUUUCAGAAUUAAACAUUGGAUUGUCAGUGGGCAUUAUGAAAGCUGCAAGGUCAAUGUGAUAAAAUCUGACCAUGAUAAGAUCUUAGGAUUGAAAUGGAACCCGUUGGAGGAUCAUUUUUUCUUUACGGUAAAACUUAAUUUUUCUUCAAGAAUAAGAAAGGUCAGAAGUGGUCCAAAUUUAAAUUCAGAUGAAAUUGAUGAUAAAUUUCCAGAACAUUUAACACGCAGAAUGCUAUUGAGUCAAAUUGCAUCCAUAUAUGAUCCAUUAGGGUUUGCUGUACCAGUAUUGCUCAAAGCUAAAAUUUUGAUGAGACUCGUGAUUUCCAAAGGUGAGUCGAAAGAUGGCGGAAUCAAGUGGGAUGAUCCACUUGAUAUUUCCACGGUUAAGGAAUGUAAGAUGUUUUUUAAGGAAUUGUAUGAGUUAGAGAGAUUGACUUUUAGAAGAUCCUUGAUACCAUCCAAUGUAGUUGGUAAACCAAGUUUAAUAAUAUUUUCGGAUGGUAGCAUGCAAGCAUACGGAGCUUGUGCAUAUGUGAGGUGGCAAAUUGGUGAAGAUGAAUUUGAGUCACAUCUGAUAGCAGCUAGAAAUAAGAUUGCACCAAUGAAGCAAAUGUCCAUUCCUAGGUUAGAACUAUGUGCAGCUCUUAUGGCUGCUAGAUUAAGAGAAUCUAUAUUAAAGGAGUUUACAUGGAAGUUUGAGGCAAUUUACCACAUAGUUGACUCAUCAAUUGUAAGAUCACAAAUCCAAAAGGAUGAGUUAACUGACAGAAUUGGUAUUAUCAUGACGGUUAAUAAUGCAAGUCAUGAGAAUGGUGAUAUACAAUUAAUUGAUGUUAAUAGGUAUAGUGACUAUUACAAAUUGUUGAGAGUUACAUGUAGGGUAAUGAAUGUAUUCAAAUACAAGUCUUUCAAAGGUAUUCUAAGAAGCCCCACAGUUCAAGGGAUUACAGAUGCAGAAAUAUUAUGGGUCAAAGAAAUGCAAAAGAGCAUGACUGAUUGGGAAACAAGGUUCAAAAGAUUGGGACCAUCAAUUGAAAGGGGAGUUAUAGUUGUAGGACAACGAAUUUCUAAGUGGUUGAAAGACAAUUGGAAUCAAGAAAAUUUCAUGUUAAUACCGAAUAAACAUCCUGUUACUAGGUUGUAUAUAUCCUGUCUACAUAAAGUGGAUCAUGCAGGUAUAGAGACUACAUUGUGUAAGAUACAGAGGAAAUUUUGGAUUCCGGGAGCUAGAAAAUUAAUAAGAACCAUAAAAAAUAAAUGUGUAACAUGUAGAAAAUUAAGUAAGAAAGUGGAAGAUCAAUGCAUGGGUCAAGUGAGGGCAGAAAGGAUGAAACCUGCUCCACCAUUCUAUCAUACAGCAGUAGAUUUGUUUGGGCCCUUGACAAUAAGAGAUUCAGUUAAGAAGAGAACUUAUGGUAAAGCAUUUGGAAUUAUUUUUAACUGCUUAGUGACAAGAGCAGUUUAUUUGGAUUUAGCUAUGGGAUAUAGUACCGAUGAUUUCUUAACCACUUUUCAAAGGUUCAUUGCUAUUAGGGGGGCCCCUAAAUUCAUGUAUUCUGAUAGGGGAACUCAGCUAAUAUCAGCUAGUAAUAAAAUAGAGAGCAUUGGGGAGAAAGAGGGUGUGACCUGGAUUUUCAAUAUGCCAAGUGAUGCACCAUGGUAUAAUGGUGUAAGUGAAGCACUGAUCAAAUCAGUCAAAAGGAGUAUUUGUGUUAGUAUUGGAGAUUCUAUACUAAAUUUUGGAGAAUUACAGACUGCCUUAUUUUCUAUUGCCAAUUUAAUGAAUGAAAGACCAAUAGGCUUAAAACCUGGGUUUAGUUUGGAAUUGGGUAGCUAUCUCUGCCCAAAUGAUCUGUUACUUGGUCGAUCUAGCUGUCAUUGUCCAAUUGGCUUGUAUGAAAUUGAUGGAGAUCAUAAAAGGAGAUUGAGGUUUAUCCAAAAUAUUAUAAAUUCUUUUUGGAAGAAGUGGCAAAGGGACUAUUUCCCGUCAAUGUUGAUUAGACAGAUGUGGCAUACAGCCAAAAGAAUUGUGAAAGUAGGAGAUGUUGUUCUAGUGCAAGAUAGCAAUAUUGUAAGGGGAACAUGGAAGCUGGCUCAAGAGCCGGCACAGAUAUGCGGCAGAGGUCGUCCACUUCCACAUUUCCAGCGGGGGUCAACUUCUUUCCAGCGGGGAUCACUUCCACAUUUCCAGCAGGUCGUCCGCUUCCACGUUUCCAGCAGGUUGUCUCCUUCCACAUUUCCAGCAGGUCGUCCGCUUCCACAUUUCCAGCAGGUCGUCUCCUUCCACAUUUCCAGCAGGUCAUCCACUUACAUAAUUCCAGCAGGUCGUCCACUUCCACGUUUCCAGCAGGUCGUCCACUUUCAUAUUUCCAGCAGGUCGUCACUUCCACGUUUCAAGAAGGUCAUCCACUUUCAUAUUUCCAGAAGGUCGUCCACUUCCACGUUUCCAGCAGGUCAUCCACUUUCAUAUUUCCAGCAGGUCGUCCACUUCCACGUUUCCAGCAGGUUGUCUCCUUCCACAUUUCCAGCAGGUCGUCCAAUUCCACGUUUCCAGCAGGUUGUCUCCUUCCACAUUUCCAGCAGGUCAUCUACUUUCAGUUUUCCUGCAGGUCGUCCACUUCCACGUUUCCAGCAGGUCAUCCACUUUCAUAUUUCCAGCAGGUCGUCCACUUCCACGUUUCCAGCUGGUCAUCCACUUUCAUAUUUCCAGCAGGUCGUCCACUUCCACGUUUCCAGCAGGUCGUCCACUUCCACGUUUCCAGCAGGUCAUCCACUUUCAUAUUUCCAGCAGGUCGUCCACUUCCACGUUUCCAGCAGGUCAUCCACUUUCAUAUUUCCAGCAGGUCGUCCACUUCCACGUUUCCAGCAGGUCAUCCACUUUCAUAUUUCCCGCAGGUCGUCCACUUCCACGUUUCCAGCAGGUCAUCCACUUUCAUAUUUCCAGCAGGUCGUCCACUUCCACGUUUCCAGCAGGUCAUCCACUUUCAUAUUUCCAGCAGGUCGUCCACUUCCACGGUUCCAGCAGGUCAUCCACUUUCAUUUUCCAGCAGGUCGUCCACUUCCACGUUUCCAGCAGGUCAUCCACUUUCAUAUUUCCAGCAGGUCGUCCACUUCCACGUUUCCAGCAGGUCAUCCACUUUCAUAUUUCCAGCAGGUCGUCCACUUCCACGUUUCCAGCAGGUCAUCCACUUUCAUAUUUCCAGCAGGUCGUCCACUUCCACGUUUCCAGCAAGUCAUCCAUUUUCAUAUUUCCAGCAGGUCGUCCACUUCCACGGUUCCAGCAGGUCAUCCACUUUCAUAUUUCCAGCAGGUCGUCCAUUUCCACGGUUCCAGCAGGUCAUCCAUUUUCAUAUUUCCAGCAGGUCGUCCACUGCCACGUUUCCAGCAGGUCAUCCACUUUCAUAUUUCCAGCAGGUCGUCCACAUGCUACGCCCACAGAUCACUUCACGCCCUGCCUAACCACGCCCUGUGUUACGGUUCAAGAGGAUUUUAUGUUUAG